AUGGAGCUCGCAGAUUUUAAGCGGCACAACAAGUUCGAGUCAAGCACAGAGUCAACAGACUAUCCUGGGAUGUGGCAGGUUCCUACAAUUCCCAAGCAUUGUUGUAUCUACAGAGUCCCAAACUCUAUCCGUAGAGUAAAUCCAGAAGCAUAUACCCCUCAACUAGUCCUCAUUGGACCUCUUAACCAUUCUUUAAAAUCUCAAGCCCUCAAAUGUCGUGGAGAUGUCACAAACGCAAAGUCUAUGGGCUACUUAAACAUGGAGGCGCACAAGAAGUUUUACCUAGCGGAAUUUGCCAAAAGGGUUGAUGAGGAAAAGACCAUUGAUGGAUUCAGGAGAAUGAUUAAAGCAGACGAAGAUAUGAUCAGAGCAAGCUACUCAGAAUCAACGGCCUAG